GCAGGAUAUUGUGUGGUCAUUGGUCUCCAGUCCACUGGAGAGGUUUGUUUUCUCUUCCUCUCCAGUUUUUUUCGUAUGGGUUACAAUUUCUGAUAACAUAAACAUUCCUUAAUUCAACGGUAGCCAGUUUUAGUUUUAAAACGUGGUGUUUGAGACACUGAGAAUUUCUUGCAAAGUUAGUAGAAAGUACGUACCAAAUAAUUGUUCGCCCCUCACAUUUUAGGUUCCAUAGGUAGAUGCACUUGAUGCAAAGUUAUCGCUGCUAGUAUUUUAUCUUUCUUCAAAGGACGUAUGUACGAUCAAGUCAGUAUUUCUGUCGGACAAUACAAAAAAAAAAUGGUUGAAAUCGUUGGAGGGCUUACUGUGUUUAACUCUGUACAGAAUAAUUCACUGAACGUAUCAUAACUUCCACCUGUUCAUAGCCUGUGUACAGCUGCACUCUCCCCUUAGAAAAAAUCGGAGAAGGGGCCCCUGUACACGGACCACAUUUUCGCUGCAUUAAUGUUAGUUUGUUGGCGCAACAAUCCACCUGUGUUUAGGCGGAUUUUGCUCAUCUGGAUUGUGAUAGUCCAGUCUAUUAAUUUUGUCCAGAAGUUAUGGUAGACCACAAUUCACUAGACUGCAUAUAGUACAUGGACUAGUUUUGUUAAUUUUAACCAGGCAUUGCCCCAUGACCGACUCGUAUUUGCAACUCCGGCUUUGUGUCUUGAGGCGCAAAGUAGAUGAUCUAGUAAAUAGGGAGCUUAAACAACGACUGCAAUGGCAACGAGAACGGCAAGAAGCAAUAGGUUUAGAUUAACCGCGGCAGGAUUAGCUCAGUCAGUAGAGCGCUUGACUGCAGAGCGGGAGGUAGCGAGUUCGAUUCGCGGGGCCGAACCAAUACUCAGGGUCUUAAAAUAACUGAAAAAUGAAGGUACUUCCUUUGCUCUGCAAGCGGCGAGACCUUCGCGUUGCUCAGAUGACCACGUGAAAUGGCGGUCCCGUCUCCAUUAGGAGACGUAAAAAUAGCGUCCCCAAUUAGCACUUUCGUGCUAAAUACAUUGACACUUUUAGCAAUACAAUAACUUUGCACAUAAAUCACGCUUUUUUGUAGAAUUGCACGUUUCCUGGAGGACGUGAACACAACAAAACCAUCUUUUUUUUCACUGACUAAGAAACCUUGGACUCCCAGAAAAUUUACCAACAUUUGCCUUCAACGACAUGGAGUAACAGCGAUGAAUUUUUGAAACGGCGUAAACUACAUUCACUUUUUAGGAGACGUUUUGGCUACCACCGUCGUCAUUGCUGAUACUCCCUAAUGAUCAUGAGUUAGUGGGUGCUUGAAUUUAGGGUUUGGCUUGUGAAGCAGUGUGUCGCUAAAGGGUGUGGUCAUCAUUUCAUUUGUCAGGCAAGUUUGGAAAGUGAAAUAUCACGUUGUGGUGGAAUACUGAAUGGCUUUGUCUCAAGUACAGAAGAAAUCAUCAGCAGGUUUAUCACGCAGUAUUUUCCAACUCAGAUAAUCAAAUCGGUGAGUAAUUCUGAAGAACUCUGCUUAGCUGGUGGGAUCUAGCUCACGCGAGUGCUCAAUUACACGAGCGCUUUGGUUUUGGCUUUGAAGAUGACGAAGAUCUUUUAUUUCCCGUAGCGACUUCAGCGUCGCCGAACAAUGUUCAUGCGCUUUGAUCCCACCAGCUACGCAGGCUAAUCUCAAGGAUGAUACAUCACACAACCAAUGGAUAAUUUUUUAACAUUAAUACACUUUCUGCGUUUCACAUCUCAAAGAUUUGAUUGUGCUUCUCCUGUUGUAAUUCAUAAGCCACUGAAGUCCAGUCUAAUAGUCUUGUUUUCGUUUUGAACUAUGUUAAGUAAAUAAAAAAGAAAAAAAAUUCAAGGCUUUUGUUUAUUUGUGUAGAACGGCGAUGUUGUUGAAGAUCAGUGGAGUGUUCAGGCUAAAAAUCUUCUUCAAGGUUUUGUCAAGAAAAUUAAUCUUCCAGUCAGGUUUGUAUGAAUGUUAAGUUCUUUAACCCCCUUUAAAGGGGCCAUGGCAUGAGAAAAUUGCUGUUUUCGGUCAAUUCAUUACUUCUUGCCCUUACCUAUUGAGUAUAUACAAACAAAUUUUUAAUCAUAGAGCACUAACCACAAAUUUUUUGGGUGACUGUUACAGGCAUAGCAUUAAAACUUGAACAAUAUGGUACAACGUUUUCAAGUUUAAAUCCAUGCCGAUUCUUGCCAUCCGUUGCAACAGACGACAGAAACCAGUUUCAGUGGUUAAAAUAUUCUAAAAUAACAAAUUUGCCGCCUUAUUUUUGGGAUUAAUCCUGGGUGGGGAUGGAAAGGAUCCUGUUAUGGACUACCAUACACUGUCUCACUCCACCCAGGUGUAUAAAUUUGGGUACCAAAAGAUUUAAUCCUGGGUGGAGGUGGGAGGGAUCCUGUUAUGGACUACAAUAUACUGUCUCACUCCAGCCAGGUGUAUAAAUUUGGGUACCAAAAGAUUUAAUCCUGGGUGGAGGUGGGAGGGAUCCUGUUAUUGACUACUAUCCCGUCCAAGGAAGAGCAAAAAUAUUCCUAGUCGCUUCAUGCUAUGGAGAUCGGAAUGUGCUACGGCCAAAUGGGCUACCUGGCUCGAACGCAGACUUUACCUUCGUACCUUUGUGACUUAUUUUUGUCUCUAGUCCUCUUGAUGACCUUAUAAACCAGCUCGGAGGACCAGGAAAAGUAGCAGAAAUGACAGGCAGGCGUGGUCGCGUGGUAAAAACUGACAAGCAGCCUCAACCUCAUUACGAGGCUCGAGAAUCAGACAGC